AUGCAGCUGGAGCACUGCCUUUCUCCUUCUAUCAUGCUCUCCAAGAAAUUUCUCAAUGUGAGCAGCAGCUACCCACAUUCAGGCGGAUCUGAGCUUGUCUUGCACGAUCAUCCCAUUAUCUCGACCACUGACAACCUGGAGAGAAGUUCACCUUUGAAAAAAAUUACCAGGGGGAUGACGAAUCAGUCAGAUACAGACAAUUUUCCUGACUCCAAGGACUCACCAGGGGACGUCCAGAGAAGUAAACUCUCUCCUGUCUUGGACGGGGUCUCUGAGCUUCGUCACAGUUUCGAUGGCUCUGCUGCAGAUCGCUACCUCCUCUCUCAGUCCAGCCAGCCACAGUCUGCGGCCACUGCUCCCAGUGCCAUGUUCCCGUACCCCGGCCAGCACGGACCGGCGCACCCCGCCUUCUCCAUCGGCAGCCCCAGCCGCUACAUGGCCCACCACCCGGUCAUCACCAACGGAGCCUACAACAGCCUCCUGUCCAACUCCUCACCGCAGGGCUACCCCGCGGCCGGCUACCCCUACCCACAGCAGUACAGCCACUCCUACCAAGGAGCCCCUUUCUACCAGUUCUCUUCCACACAGCCCGGACUGGUACCCGGCAAAGCUCAGGUGUACCUGUGCAACAGGCCCCUCUGGCUGAAAUUUCACCGCCACCAAACGGAGAUGAUCAUCACCAAACAAGGAAGGAAACAAGCCGACUUUCCCCUGCAUUUUAUUCUUGGCAAGCUUUGGCAUUAUCUUAAACAAAAAAUUAAAAUUACACAAUUGAAAAUAGAUCACAACCCCUUUGCAAAAGGAUUUCGGGAUAAUUAUGACACGAUCUACACUGGCUGCGACAUGGACCGCCUGACCCCCUCGCCCAACGACUCCCCGCGCUCGCAGAUUGUGCCCGGGGCCCGCUACGCUAUGGCCGGUUCUUUCCUGCAGGACCAGUUCGUGAGCAACUACGCCAAGGCCCGCUUCCACCCCGGUGCGGGCGCGGGCCCCGGGCCGGGCACGGACCGCAGUGUGCCGCACACCAACGGGCUGCUGUCGCCGCAGCAGGCCGAGGACCCGGGCGCGCCGUCGCCGCAGCGCUGGUUUGUGACACCGGCCAACAACCGGCUGGACUUCGCCGCUUCGGCCUACGACACAGCCACGGACUUCGCGGGCAACGCGGCCACGCUGCUCUCGUACGCGGCCGCGGGCGUGAAAGCGCUGCCGCUGCAGGCGGCGGGCUGCACCGGCCGUCCGCUCGGCUACUACGCCGACCCGUCCGGCUGGGGCGCGCGCAGCCCCCCGCAGUACUGCGGCGCCAAGUCGGGCUCGGUGCUGCCCUGCUGGCCCAACAGCGCCGCGGCCGCCGCCCGCAUGGCGGGCGCCAACCCCUAUUUGGGCGAGGAGGCCGAGGGCCUGGCCGCCGAGCGCUCGCCGCUGCCGCCCGGCGCCGCCGAGGACGCCAAGCCCAAGGACCUGUCCGACUCCAGCUGGAUCGAGACGCCCUCCUCCAUCAAGUCCAUCGACUCGAGCGACUCGGGGAUUUACGAGCAGGCCAAGCGGAGGCGGAUCUCACCCGCCGACACGCCGGUGUCCGAGAGCUCGUCGCCGCUCAAGAGCGAGGUGCUGGCCCAGCGGGACUGCGAGAAGAACUGCGCCAAGGACAUAGGCGGCUACUACGGCUUCUACUCGCACAGCUAG